GUUCAAAUGACAACGACUAACAACAACAACAACAACAGAAAACUUGGCACAUUAUAAAGAAUCAAUUUCUUAUCAAAACAUGGAAGAAGACAGGCAUGGCGAUGAACAUUCAGGCAUGGAUGAGUUAGAUUAUUCACAAGAAGAUAUUGAGUUUGCACUGUAUUCACAGAUACAUUUUGAAAGCAACCCAGACGCUUCAAAUAUUUCUUCAUAUGCAGAAGUGGAAAAUAAGGAUUUUAUAGUUAACAGUUUCACCUAUGAUGUAAUUGGUGAAAAAUCAUCAGGGUUUGUUUCUUUACCUACAACUGUAGACACUAUUUUGCAAAAAUGCGUAAGGGAAAAAUAUGAUACUGGAGCUGUCAGUGAUGAUGCAAUAGAAUUAUGUUUUGUCAACAGAAAAAAUAAAGUAAAUUCAAAUGCUAUCAAAAAAAGAAACAAUGAAGACAAAGCCAAUAAAGAUCGAGAAAACAUGACAUGUAAAGGAUCCAAGUGUGUUGAAAUUUUAUCAAAAACAAAAUCAGACAACUUUGCAGAAGAAUCAAAGCUUGGACACAGAAAACACAAAAAGAAAGUUGGUUCAGCAUAUGGUGCAAAAACUAGAACUGAUUUUAACAAAAGCAAUCAUGCGCACGUUAUUUUUGUGUCAUCAUCAGAGAGUACCAGUAGUGACAGUGAUGAUAUUUAUGGCAUUCUUGGGGAACUGUCAGAGAAUGAUUCAAACUUGGAGAUGAAUGUUGAGCAGACUGAUUUGUUUGCUGAAACAAGGAAUGAAGAUAAAUGGGCCAUUAGUACAGCUGACAGUCACAGUGCCCAGCUAAAAGGUGGUGUAAAAGGUCGCUACUUCAAGGAGGGUCUGCGCUGUUACAACUGCAACCAAGUGGGACAUCUGUCUAAAAACUGCCCUCAACCAAAGAAGAUGCCAGUGUGUUCACUGUGCUCAGAUUCGGAGCACACAAGUCGCACAUGUCCGAACAUUUUCUGUUACAACUGUGAGGAGCCUGGUCAUGACUUACGUGGUUGCAAGGCACCCAGACGUCUCAACAUGGUGUGCUUCCGCUGCAAUAUGAAUGGGCAUGACCAGAAGAAAUGUCCUGAUGUAUGGAGGCAGUUUCAUGUAACAACGGAGUCAGGGAAACUGCAACAACCAGAUUCAAGAAGGAAGAGGAAGAUAGCUUUAUCGUGCUACAACUGUGGGGAGACUAAACAUUUGGGUCAUGAGUGUAGGGAGGAGAGAAGCAACAAGUUCAUGCGAGUCAGCACGCCCUUUGUGUGUCGCUACCAGAUGGACCAGGGAUUUGAUGAUAUGAGUGGGAGGAAUGAGGGCUGGGAAGAAAUGGGGUCAAAGCGGAGACGGCAGAAUGAUGCUCCACAACACAAACGAUUUAGUAGUCCAAACAGGGACGAGUUCAAUACAGCCAUGGAGAAGGAUAGUGGUAAAAGCAAUUUAAGAUUAUAUGAAUUAAGAAAAUUACGAAGUCUGGAUGGAGAUACAGAUCUGCCAAGGUCUCUGAACAAUAAAGAGAAAUUUGAUAAUAGAAGCAAACACCUGGAGAGAAGUGUUCCCUCUAAUGAGAGCACCAGUUGUAUAGACAAUUAUCCUAUUGAAAUGGAGUCAGGACACAUUGGACCCGAGUCAAAAAGAUUUAAGACGGGUUAUUGUGGGGACAAGUUGGAAAAGUUUAAAACUGCUCUUCAGUCAACAAUGCAAAGGGUGCCCGAAUUUGUUCCCUUGAGGAAAGAGAAAAUGUUGCCAGAGUUUAUUUCAUGCAAGAAACAGAAGUUGCCUGAGUUUAUUUCUUUCAAGAAAGGUCGAUCAAGCAAUCUGGGUGGUAGGAACAACUUUGAUAAUCUGAGAAUAACAACGGUGAACAGCAAUAUGAAUGAAAUAGACAUGAAGAUGGGAAAGAAGAACAAGCGAAAGACAGAUGACAAUGAAAAAAAAAUGAAGAUUAAAAAUAAGAAAAAGCAAAAGACAAAUGUCUGUGCAGAGAAUUUAAAAGAUAAAGAAUCCAAUAAUGUUGGAAUGGGUGAUGGGGAAAAUAUCAGUGAAACAGUGGUCAGGACAAAAAAUGUUAAAAGUAAAAACAAAAGACAUACAUCAAAUCAGGAUUUAUUGAACACUUUGGGAAAAUAUUAUGAUGAAGGUAUUCAAAACAAGCAUAAAAAGUUAUUAAACAAAAAUGUGCCUAAAAGCAGUACUUUCACUGAGGUAGAUUUUCCAAGGUCUGCACUUGACCUGUCAGUGACCUUUGAGAGUGGCGAUAUCGGCCAACGCAGGUCAGAUGUCAGGAAGAGAAAUGUCAAGGUGAAUACUAACGACAGUAGUAACCCAGACGAUUUAUUUUCUAUUCAGAAAUUCCAUAAAAUAAAGUCAAAGUUAUCACAGGGGGAGAAUAUGAGUGAAGUGCAGGAAGAUGGGGACAUCAAUCAUCAGGCCUUUAACAAUGAAUGGUGGAACGAGAAAAAGAGACCAAAAACAAGAAUAAAAAAUAUAAGAAAAAAAGAAAAGGCAAAGAAGAGAAAGGGAAUGUCCAAAUCUUCUGUUACAAUUGUAACUGUUGAUAUUAAUUGAUUUAUUAAGACAAAGUUAUUUAAACAUAAGUAACCUUUGAUUUAUUGAUGCGUUACGAAAAGGUAAAUUACUUGUUGGUAACUGUUAUUAAUUUAUGUGUUAAGACUAGGUUAUAUAGUUGUUUUUGUUGUUGGUGACUCAGGUUACAGAGAUGUCUUGACCAGUCAGGGAAAAUAAAUGAUUGAAUAUAUAAA